UAUGCAAAAAUUAAUUAAAUAUCAUUCAAACAAUUCAUGUAACAAUUAAAUUGGUCAAAAUACGUUUUGAUUAUCAUUCCCUGAAAUGGGCAAUAUUGAAAAAACUAAUUUAAGUAUUUUAUAGGUUUUUUUUGGUGGGUGGCAAUCUGACAGUUGACAUAAACAAAAACAUAACCUGAAAACAAAUUAUUCAAUUUGAAAUUGGUGAAAAAAAGUUUAGUUUGUGAAAUGGCUCAAUUGCUGUGCACGCUUUGUGAUUCUGCGGUUGAAAUUCUCCAUUUCGAUCUGCGAAAAUCGCUCUCAAACGAUUCAAAAACCCCUCUGCUAAUGCUGCUUCAAGAAUGUAUCGAGGAGGAGUUUUGUAUAACAAAUUAUUUCAUUUGUGAAAUGUGUUAUCGUUUAUUAAACGAACUGGACAGUAUUAAAGUUAGGGCAAAGAGUAUAGAAAUUAAGUUCAAACAAUACUUGCGUAAACAUUGCACAAACAAAAAUUACACAAGUGAACAAGAAGAAAAUAAUAAAACUGAAGAAUGCACGAUGUGUGGUAAAAAAAUCUCAAGCUCGAGUUUCAAGGACCACCUAAAAUCGCACGAUUUGGAAGCAAGUUUUAAUUUUGAGGAACUUAAUCCUGUUUCCGAAAUAGGGGCUUCCCUGGAUAUGACUUUGUUAACCAAAGAGGCACAAAAUAAAAGUGAGAGUGUGAAGAAAAAGAAGGAUGGGUCCGAUCCAAGACCUUAUAAAUGCACUGAGUGUUCAAAAACCUGGAAAACACCUACAGAACUGAAAAAUCACAUGUCAGCCCAUAGUAAAGAACGUCCUUUUAUUUGCGAAAUAUGUGGUCAGGCCUAUAAACGCCAACAAGCCUUAACAAUUCACGUGGGAAUGCACAAAGGGAUUAAUCCCUUUACAUGUGUCUACUGCAACAAGUCUUUCACACAGAAGGGGGCUUUAAUGAGACACACACCCAUUCACACAGGGGAAUUGCCGUUUCAGUGUGACCUAUGUGGUAAAAGAUUCGUGCACCACACUUCUUUCAAUAUGCAUAAAAUCAGUCAUACUGGCCAAAAAUCAUACAAAUGUGACGUCUGUGGUUAUUUGUUGAUGUCAGCGUCUCAUCUUAAAAGACACAUGAGGGUACACACCGGCGAAAAGAAGUUUUCUUGUGGGACUUGUGGAAAAAAGUUUGCCGAAAAAUACAACUUAGCCGUUCACGAAAAACUGCAUUUGGGGGUUUCCAAGAAGAAAAAAUACCAGUGUCAGAUUUGUGAUAGUGUGUACAAUGGUCAAAUGAAGCUAGAAGAGCAUCUACUAAAUGUCCACCACAAGAUGCAAUAUCCAGAUUCAUUAUCGGUAUCGUAAUUUCUUAUCACUUUAGUGAGUUGUUUGACUGUAUUCAUUGUUAAAAUUAAGUUUUUAAGAAAA